AUGAAGAUCUUUUCAUUCUGGGUUCUGCCCGUCAUCUCGGGCGUCGUGUGGCUCGGCAUGCUUCUCUCGAUGCUCCUCUACUGGAUCAUCCACACCGACCGCCAGCGCUACAGCUCCAUGGCCGACCGCCAAUCCAUCGCCUACAUCAGCGACGUCGGCGCCUCGACGCUCAAGCCCCUCUUCAUCGCCGGCUGCGCCGUGACCGUCGUCUUCCUCGACCUGUCCUUCCUCGCCGACCUCUGGCUGCGCCACCGCGGCCGUCUCGUGCCCAACAUGAGCACGGGCGAAAAGGUGCUCAAGGCGCUGACCAUCGUCUUCGCCCUCGUCGGCACCGUCGGCCUCAUCUGCCUCGCCAUCUUCGACACGGCCCGCCACCCGAGCCUGCACCGCGUCUUCCUCGGCCUCUUCAUCGUCGGCUACCUACUCUCCGCCGUCUUCAUCUGCUGGGAGUACCAGCGCCUCGGCAUCAAAUACCGCGAGCACCGCGUCCUGCGCAUCUCCUUCUGGGUCAAGCUCGCCUUCAUCCUCGUCGAGGCCGCCAUCGCCAUCGCCUUUGCCGUCACCAUGCGCUCCGGCAACCCCGACGUCGCCGCCGUCCUCGAGUGGGUCGUCGCCUUCGUCUUCAGCUUCUACGUCUUCUCCUUCGCCAUUGACCUCUGGCCCGCCGUCCGCACCAAGCAGCACGCCCGCCGCUUCCAGAAGCCUGGCGGCUCCGGCAGCACGAGCCCCCGCGCCGACGACGACAACCUCGAGAUGGCCGACGCGCCCGUCGUCGAGGGCCAGCAGUACCCUCGGUACAUGGCGCAAGGGCCGAGCAGCAACUUUUAA